AACCAUCCGCACCAGCUUGAAGAGAAAGAAGAGGUACCAUAGGCAAUUCUUUCCGAGGAGAUGUCGAUUCCUUUCUCCAACACCCACUACCGAAUUCCACAAGGAUUUGGAAAUCUUCUUGAAGGGCUGACACGGGAGAUUCUGAGGGAGCAACCGGACAAUAUACCAGCUUUUGCCGCAGCGUAUUUUGAGAACCUUCUAGAGAAAAGAGAGAAAACCAGCUUUGAUCCAGCAGAAUGGGGGGCUAAGGUAGAGGACCGCUUCUAUAACAACCACGCAUUCAAGGACCCAGAACAAGCUGAAAAAUGUGAACAAGAAAUAGCCAAGGCAUCUGGAAGAGAAGAAACACCAGUCACUCCCUUCGAGGAGUCUACUGAGGAAGAAAGAGAACAAGAGGAGGCAGCUGUCAAAAUCCAGUCUGCCUUCCGGGGACACGUGGCUAGAGAAGAGGUAAAGAAGAUGAAGUCAGAUAAGAGUGAGAACGUGAAAGAAGAGGAGAACAAUUGAGACCACAGGUUUUACCCCCAGGAAACAUGAAAAGUAAUCCAAAGCCAUCAGUGUUGUGAUUGUCUUUUUUUCUUCAGUAAGGGAGACGUGAUGUUGUGGAAUAACAUUUGUUGCUGUUGUGAAAAUCUGUCAUGAGCAUUUGUUUAAUAAACAUGCCAUUGAAACACA